GAGACACGUAUAGACAUCUAGCGGCACGCGUUGAAUAAUCUCAUUAUUUCGAUAUAUUUUGGGGUUUAACGAACAACCCGCAACAACACAAUGCUUAACGUCGUACUCAAACAGCUCAAAAACCAUCCCGCUCUGAUCCCCUUGUUUGUUUUCAUUGGCGGUGGAGCAACCAUGUCUGCUCUUUACCUUGGUCGCCUUGCCCUAAAAAACCCAGAGUGCGCCUGGGAUCGUAAGAACAAUCCUGAACCAUGGAACAAACUUGGGCCUAAUGACCAGUAUAAGAUGUUCACCGUCAACAUGGAUUACUCUAAACUGAAAAAGGAUCGGCCAGACUUCUAAAAAAGAGCUUGGAAAUCUUUGCUCUUUUGGACUGAAUGUGUUGAAAGCACCACAGAAGCCAACCCGCACAUGAACUUCAUAUCCCAGAAGCAAAGCCGCACACUUAACUUCAUCAAUUUACCCUAAUAUUUGAUCAGGGUCAAAUACAUAUGCGACUCCAUCUUAAUCAAGCUCAUGUUGAAAGGGAGAAGGAUCGUGACCAUCCUUAUAUUGCCUUGGAGGACACAUACACACA